CAAUUUAGUUGCUAUUAAAUGUUUUUGACAUAAUAUAGUACUUUAUAACUUAGUAUACGACUACUCAAUAAAAUAUUUUAUACAGCUUCCACGCUAACAAUUUAUUUAAAAAUUAAGUCUAGACCGUUACGUCUAGGCCAUUUUUGUGAGUAAUGCAUUUUUAUAUUAUGUGAACUCUGGAAAAAUGGCAGAAAUGUAAGUAUUACUUUUACUUUGUUUGGAGAUUAUUAAGUAGAUAAGAGUGACAAUGUACUUCAAGACGAGCUACGCAUUAAUACACAAUUGGACAAAGAAUGACGUAUAAACAAGUCACUGGUCAAGUGUGGGACAACAAAUAAAGAUUGAUUUACAAAAACAAUGGCGAACACAAGUGUUACUUCGGGUAACUUUCUCGUCAACGCCAAAGAUCAACUAUAUGAUAUUUUCGACAAAGAAAUAGUGCGUGAUGAAAUAGUUGACAAUUGGUGGUUGAUGGGAUCCCCGUACCCAGUUUUAACUACGGUUGGAUUUUAUUUAAUAUUUGUAUUAAAACUCGGUCCGUAUGUAAUGAAAGAUCGUCAACCUUAUAAAUUGAAAGGACUUAUGUUGAUAUACAAUAUUGUACAAGUAAUCUACAACGCUUUCUUAUUAUAUUGGUUCUUUUUCACACCUGAUGGUGUCAGUUACAUGUGGAAUCACUCAUGUCAUCCUCCAAAAAAGGAAACAGUUUCAUUUUUAAUGUUUGAGUUGUACAAAGGCUCUUGGUUUUAUUUCCUCUCUAAAAUAAUUGAUUUAUUGGAUACAGUAUUUUUCGUCUUGAGAAAAAAACAAUCUCAUAUAUCGUUGCUGCACGUGUACCAUCAUGCGAAUAUGGUUAUAACAUGUUGGGUACAACUAAGAUUUUACAAAAAUCAAGACGGUAUUUUGCCAGGACUAAUAAACGCAUUUAUACAUACUAUCAUGUACUCGUACUACUUCUUAGCAGCUCUAGGUCCACACAUGCAAAAGUACCUAUGGUGGAAGAAAUACCUGACUCUUAUGCAAAUUACUCAAUUCGUAAUUAUCUUGACGUGGUACACUGGCUUGUUCUCGUUCCAGUGCGAUUUUCCAAAAACUUACAUGGCGUAUAUGUUUUGUAAUAUUUGUUUGUUCUUAUACCUAUUUACAAUGUUUUAUAAGAAGACAUACGAACAAAACCAAAAAACUAAAACUGGUUAAAAUAUAGUUUUAUUCAAUUGUU